AUGGCUAUAUAUAAAUUCCCAUUUUGCAUGCAAACAUUCUUAUCAUCCCAAGCACUACCCACAUCUGAUUACUGAUUCGCAAGCUAUAUAUCUAGCUAUAUAUUUUUCCUUACUGUUCUAGUGAUGGAGAUGCCUAAAACAGACGAGAAAAAAGAAAUAAAGAGCCAAUUGUUCAGGCAUGCCAUGAAAGGUGAAUGGAAGGAAGUCGUGGAAAUAUACGAGAAAAAUGCAGAAGUUCACGUGGCCAAGAUCACCAAAUCAGGAGAUACCGCAUUGCACCUAGCGGUGUCAGAUGGCCAAGUUCAAUUUGUUAAACUGCUCGUUGAUACAAUUUAUGACCAUGAUGGUGGUGGUGGUGAAGGUGAAUCAGAAGAUCCCAGUGUACAAGUUGAGGAAGGUCUUGGUGGUGAAGGUGAACCAGAAGAUCCCAGUGUACAAGUUGAGGAAGGUCUUGGACCAGAGGCUCUCACGAUAAAAAAUGAGAGAGGGAAUACCCCUCUCCAUUUGGCAGCAGCAUCGGGUAGUUUCGAAAUGUGCUAUUGGAUCGCUAUAAAACAUCCAAAUUUAAUUUUUAUUCGGAACAAGGAGAAAAUGAACCCUUUGUUCUUGGCUGCUCUCAAUGGUAAGAAAGAUGCUUUCCUCUGUCUUGAUAAUCUUUGUGGCAAGGAGAAUGCUUUGAUCAACUGUAGAGGGAGCAACGGCGAUACUUUUCUUCAUGCUGCCCUCAAUGGCGAAUACUUUGAUUUGUCAUUUCAAAUAAUUUGCCGAUAUAGAGAAGCACUUAAUCUCUACAAUGAGAAAGGAUUCACCCCACUUCAUGUUCUGGCCACUAAACCUUCCUCCUUCAAAAGUGGAAAGCGACUUGGAUUCUUAGAGGGAAUCAUUUACUACUGUACAUUUGUUGAGGAGCUCAAGGAGGAUAAGCGGGAAAGGGUACCGAAACCCGAAUCUCAACUCGAAAAGCAACCCAAACUUCCGGAGAACUACCAAGCGUGUUUCUUCAUCUAUGGGCUGUACCAGAAGGUGGUCCGUGUAAUUCAUACGAAAAAGAAUAACAGACAACAACAAACGAAAGGAAAAAGCAAAGAUACAGGCAGCAAUAAUACACACCAUAAAAUAGAUCUGGAAAGCCCAGAUAUGAAGGGAUGCAAGAUAAGAAACUGUCUGGCAGUGGUAAGCCCCAAAAUGGAUUCCUUGUUCAGCCCUUGUACAGAGAAAGAAGAAGAUAACAAAAAUGAAAACCCAUUUCAGGAGCAUGACAUUUUUCCGCCCAAUUACAAAUCUUGUUUUGAACCCGUCAAGCUUAUGUACAAGGCAUUUCUAAUCAUUCUUGGAUGUGGAUCAAGAAAUAUACAGAAGGUGCUGGAUAAAAAAAAGCAACACGUAUGGACUGUCCAAAUUCUGAAUAAUCUCCUUCCUCUGUCAAUGACACAUUGGGAUGAAAAUAAUGGACAAAAACCGCAAGACAAUGUUAGCAAAUUACAACACCCUGAAGACAACACUGAUCCGAGCACACCGGCGCUAGAUGAUCAAACAAAGAAUGAUGAUCAACACAAGAAUGAGACGCCCAUAUUAGUUGCGGCAAAGUAUGGUAUCAUAGAAAUUGUGAAGAAAGUUCUGGGACAAUUUCCAGUGGCCAUUCAUGACACGAACUCUGAUGAAAAAAAUAUAGUAUUGCUGGCGGUUGAGAAUAGGCAAACCAAUGUAUACGAGUUCUUACUCGAGAGGAGUAUCUUGAAAGAUAGCAUAUUUAGUAAAGUGGACAAGGAUGGCAACAGUGCUGUGCAUCUAGCUGCAAAGAUUGGAGAAUAUCGUCCCUGGCUUAUCCCCGGUGCCGCCUUGCAAAUGCAAUGGGAAAUCAAGUGGUAUGAGUUUGUGAAGUAUUCGAUGCCGCUACAUUUCUUUGUACACUACAACAAAGCCAAUGAAACUCCAAAGGACAUAUUCACAAAAUCACACAAAGAUCUCGUCAAACAGGGUGGUGAAUGGCUCACCACCACCUCAAACUCGUGCUCUGUGGUGGCUGCACUCAUUGCAACUGUGGCCUUCGCCACUGCAAGCAGUGUGCCCGGUGGCAAUUCAACUGAAGGUAAACCAACGCUCGAGAACCAGCCUGCCUUCAACGUCUUUGCCAUCGCAUCACUGGUUGCACUGUGCUUCUCUGUAACUGCCUUAGUAAUGUUCCUCGCCAUCCUCACCUCUCGGAAUCAAGAGAGGGAUUUCCGUAUAAGCUUGCCAAGGAAACUUUUGUUGGGUUUAACUUCACUAUUCGUAUCAAUAACUGCAAUGCUCGUAUCUUUCUGUGCUGGACACUUCUUUGUCCUCAAAGAUGAACUGAAGUUUGUGGCAAUCCCGGUAUAUGCAGUGACGUGCUUGCCCGUGACAUUCUUUGCAAUAGCUCAGUUCCCAUUGUACUUUGAUCUUAUCUGGGCUAUGUUUAAGAACGUUCCACAGCGUAGCUACAGGUUGGUUGCCCAAUAAGAAUGUUCCACACCGCGUUGCUCCCUUCUUUUUGGCGUUUUUGAGAGUUUUCUUUGAGUUGGUCUCUUUUCAAUUUGGGGUUAUGCUUCUAAGUUAUGAUGCUUGUUUGGGAGGUUUGC